CUGAACCUUGUAAACAGCGGCAAUAUCAUCUUCACUGCAACUUCCCGUGGAAAUGGGGACGCUUGCUGCUGACGAAAAACAACCGUUUUUGAUCGAGAAAGCAGUUUCAAAUCAUACUAAAAGAGAUACCGAUCCAUGGUACAAGAAGCCAGUUUGGAACACUGACGAGAAAACUAAGCAUAUGAUGGGGCGCACUGUGUGUGGAUGGGUUAAGUUUUGGUUGCAUUACCUCAUCUUGUAUAUAUGCUUGCUCACUAUAAUGACUGGAUUGCUGAUAAUAAUAACUCAGCUUAUCAUCAGUAAUGAUCAACCUUACAUAACUGGAAUGGAUAGUCCGCUUGCACUUUCACCAGGUUUAGGAAUGAGACCAAGGAAUAAUUUCAAGACAACAUUGAUUGCUUAUGCUUCAUCUGAUCCACAAACAUAUAUGCCAUUUGUACAAGAUAUACGUACAUUUCUAUACUUUUAUGAAGAAGUCAAUAUACAGCCGCAAGAUGGAUUUGCCACAUGUGAUAAAGUGAAAUCACCAGAUGAUGUUGAUUUAGUGUGUAAAUUUUAUCCACACGAUAUGGGUGUUUGUGUGAAAGAGAACAAUUUUGGUUAUGAUCGAAGUCAACCAUGUGUGAUUAUGAAAAUUAAUAAGGUUUAUGGUUGGUUACCUGAUAUUGUGAAUAAAACAUUAUCGAAUAAUCCACUUGUUAGGUGUCGAGGUCAGAAUCCUCAAGAUUUGGAAAAUUUCGGUGAAGUACUCUAUUUUCCUAAUAUAACUGUAGAUGGAGUAACUUACGGUUUCUUCAAUCAUUUAUACUUUCCAUAUCUUAUGCAAGUAGCUUAUCGUUCACCACUUGUUGCUGUACAAUUUGCCAGUCCUAAACGUCAUGUUCUAUUAAUGGUUCGUUGUGAAUUAUUCAAUAUACGUAAUCCUGGUGAUCCAAUGGAUUUUGAAAUUUUAGUCGAUUAACAAAAAACUAUUGAAUGUUGACGUAAUUUAGGCUUAUUAUUUUCAAUUUUUUUUUUUCAUAUUCGUCCAUUGUUGAAAUCGAUUUGCGCUAUUCAUCAUCAUCACUAUGUCAUAAUGUAUAUAAUAUGUCUAUCGAUUCAUUAUCUAACUUCGAAGUGUUUCUCGACACGACUGAUGCCUACCUACCUACAAUUCAUCUGUUUAAUUCAUACAACUUUUUUAAUCCAUUUAUUGAUUAUAAACUAACCGCUACGACAUAUUUUUCCUGAUGAAUAUAAAUUCCCAUUUAGCGUGCAUGUAAUAAAUAGUACUUACUGUAUUAUCAUGUUUUUGAUGUUAAUUAGUUCAUUUUGUACAGAUAAAUUGAAAAAAAAGGGAAAAAUACUUUUAUUUUUUAGUUCCUCUUUCUUUCAAUAUUCAUUUGUUUAUUUUUUGUUAUGUCAUCAAAAGCGACAUUUUUUCGUCUACUGUAGUUUGUUGAAUAAGACCAAUUAUUCACAAACUAAAUUGAAUUGAAGAUUAUAAAUUUAAGGUGCAGUUUUUGGAUUUUUAUCUUAUUGUUGAGGAGG